AUGCGUUAUCCGGCCGCACACCCUUCCUCCGGCCUUCCGGCUGGGCAUGCGUUCAACAAUGUGCCUUAUAUGACCUAUCCGCCAGAAUUAGUGCUUGUCAACAACCCCAUCCUCUCCAACUUUGAAGCCGCCGUCAAGCGCGACUUUCGCGAAACGCGCCAGAACCUCCAUUACCCCCUCGUCUUUGUCUCAAAACGGGCUGCACAUGCUGCUGCGCUGACCUCCAAUACACCCUUCAAUGAAAAUUCAUCCACUACUGAGUCCGGUGCCCAGUUUCAGCAAGGCACCGCCUCCUACCACUCCCAGGCCUUGGAUCCAACCCCACCAUGCCCACAUGCUCCGCUUGCUGCAUCAGCGGAACAUCUGCACCAGGGGACUCAGCAAUUCCAUCAGGUGUCAAAGAUGUCCUCUGACCCAUCCGCCGGAGUUAGCCUACGUAGCGCCUCAGGCGCUUCGCCGGUUUAUGGUGUCAAGAUGUCCUCUGACCCAUCCGCCGGAGUUAGCCUAUGUAGUAGCGCCUCAGGCGCAUCGCCAGUUCAUGGUCGCAUCAUCCAGGCCAACACCAUCCUCCAGGCUUACGUUCCAAAAGAUGUCCCAUCUGCUGGAGUUAGCACACAUGUAGUGGCCUGGAUGCUUUGCCAGUUUUGUAUCGUCCUCGUCCAGCCGGGCUCGCGUUCCACUACGCCCUCCAACCAUCUGGCUGGGCUUGCACCACAAGCUUCGUUCCUCCACUUCAUCCAACUCGAAGGCAGCUGA